CGUAGCCAUCAAUUUCCCUCCCCCAUUCUUCCAACUUUUUUCCCUUUUCUCCUCUCUCUCAUCUUCCUCAACUUCAAAUUUCUUCUGAUUGAUUGAUUGAUUCUUCUGUUUCUCAAACCCCAAUGCUUCUCUUCUCCCACUGAGAUUCUCAGCGCUUUCUUUCGCUUUCUUUGCCCCUUUCUGGUGGUGGGUGAGCUUUUUCUUUUUCUGGGUCGAUCAAUUUUCCCCGAAUUUCGUUGCUUCAUCAAGACCCCCUUUCUGACGAAAGCCACGAGCCUUGACAUUUGGAUGAUCGGUGGGUGAUCUCCAAAACGUGCACGGAAUUGGGAAGAGAUCGUCGUUGAGAGAAUUUCUCUUUUCUGAAGGCUGAAGAAUUGCGGCAACAACGGAUUUUUUAAAAACCCCUUUUCGCGUCGUUGUGAUUAAUGUGUGUGUUGCGGAAUUAGCGAUUGAUCAAUUACGUAUCUGUGGGAUUUGAAGGAAUAUGGCCACAUUCGUGGAGGGACCGAGCGGAAUCAGGGAAAUGGGGAAGCAUUAUUUCACAAUGUGGCAGACUCUGUUUGAAAUCGAUACGAAGUACGUUCCGAUCAAGCCGAUCGGGAGAGGAGCGUACGGCGUGGUGUGUUCUUCGAUCAACCGAGAGACGAACGAGAAAGUGGCGAUCAAGAAGAUCAACAAUGUGUUUGAGAAUCGCAUCGACGCCACGAGAACGCUGAGGGAACUGAUGCUUCUCAGGCACAUAAGGCACGAUAACGUGAUUGCUUUGAAGGAUGUGAUGAUGCCGAUCCAUACAAAAAACUUUAAGGAUGUUUAUUUGGUUUACGAGCUCAUGGAUACGGAUCUUCAUCAGAUUAUCAAAUCCUCUCAGCCCCUCUCCAAUGACCAUUGCAAGUAUUUUAUCUUUCAGUUGCUUUGCGGCUUGGAGUAUCUCCAUUCAGCUAACAUUCUUCACCGAGACUUGAAGCCCGGGAACCUCCUCGUUAAUGCUAAUUGCGAUCUGAAGAUAUGUGAUUUCGGGUUGGCACGAACAGGCAUAGGCAGUGGCCAGUUCAUGACUGAAUACGUUGUUACUCGCUGGUAUCGCGCACCAGAGCUUCUCCUAUGCAGUGACAACUAUGGGACCUCCAUUGACGUCUGGUCUGUGGGAUGCAUCUUUGCUGAGAUUCUGGGUCGGAAACCAAUUUUCCCGGGGACAGAGUGCCUCAACCAACUCAAGUUAAUCAUCAACAUCCUUGGUAGUCCACAGGAAGCGGAUAUUGAGUUCAUCGACAAUGUAAAGGCCAGAAAGUACAUCAAGUCGCUGCCCUUUACAAGGGGAAUACACCUUUCACAUCUGUAUCCACACGCUGAUCCUUUAGCUAUAGACUUGUUGCAGAAGAUGCUUGUGUUCGAUCCCACAAAGAGAAUUACUGUUGUCGAAGCACUUCAACAUCCAUACAUGUCGGGGCUGUACGACCCGAAGUUCAUCCCUCCUGUCCAGGUGCCCCUCACUCUCGACAUAGACGAAACACUCGGGGAGCAAAAGAUCAGAGAGUUGAUGUUGAAUGAGAUGCUCUACUACCAUCCUGAAGCUGUCUCAGCCUAUUCUUGAGGUAUUCUUCUCUCCGAAGGCGCCUCCACUCCAAAAAUGAUUCAGUCCAUUUCUAUAGUUUUUGAGAUGCUGGAAUCUGAUGUUAUGAGUUCAUCAGUGUAGCUUCGAGAGCUUUCGAUAGCGGUAUUAGCGCAUUGAGACGAUUUCGGCCUUUCUUCCAACUUGUAAAUAUAACUAUGAAUAGUAUUUUGAUGAUCCAGAAAGGGUCUAAGGUAUUUUUUUUUUGUACUGGUGAUGAAUGUUUGGCAUUUUAUUCAUCAGAAUCAAAAAAAUAUUUGAAUUUGGAGAAGCCUUUCUUGGGUUCCAAUAUGUGGAAUUUCGGUGAUGUUCAUAGUUU